UUGACAAGAACCCAGCAAUCUAGAGAUAGAGAUCGAUCGAUGGCUAACGGCUAUUACUAUCAAAAUCCAAACGGUCCCUACGACUACUACUCUUCUUCCACCUCCUCCUCCUCCUCGCCGCCUCUGCCGCUGCACCUCUGCCUCUUCCUGUUCACCCUCUUCGCGCUCAUAAGCUUGUCGUGGUACAUGGCGUACGAGUCGGUGCUGGAAAGCCUGUUAGAUCAGCUGCGGCUGGGGCUGAUGCUGUCUCCGCUGCUGCUUCUGCUGCUGGUGCACUUGCUUUCGAAUGACAAUCUCCGGUGGGUGUCCUUCUUUGUUCCCUUGCCGUCGGAGAGGGAGUCUUUCCACCGGGCCGGCGGCUCCCCUUGGGGAGUCGCCCUCGUCUUGGUGCUCCUCAUAUUCAUGAUCUCCUACAAGUCCUACUUCCAGGACUGGUGGUUUCCUUUCCUCAGUCGAUAGGCACAAAAGUAAUAACUAAUUAAUUCAUCCGGCCCGCGGCUAUGACUGCGACUCUUGUACCUGCAGCAGAGCUUCAGCAUGUUUAAUAAGCUAGCAUUACUGUAGUAGAUCUGACUCCGUGAAGCUACAGUUUUAGGCACUGAACAUUUAUAUAUAUAGUUUUAUGUGGUGUUCAGGCGAAGAGCAGGGGAAUAAGUUCAAUGAGAUCGAGUGAGGAGUAAAAUUUGAAAAUUUCAAUGUAAAAUCAAUAAUUAUAUUAUUAAAAAUAAAACAAAUUAAAGAGUGUUUCCCCC